GGUGGUGGUUAACACUGGUUUGUUCGCAUAGUAUCUAAAGAAUUGCCCUCGGAAUAUUUCUUUUAAUUGACAAGUGAUUUCUCACACCCUCACAAACUGUUUAAAACUGCUCAUCUUACACAACACAAUUUUUAGUCCCAACCAAAACAACUUGUUAUGCAAGAUAACAAGUGAACUCUAGCACUGAUUUGUUGAGGAACGCAUGUCUAAUUCAGAAAAGCAUUUAACGACUGUGUGUCUUGAUCAAACAAAUGAUACUGGUUGUGGCGGUUCAAGAAAUAGAGGGAAUAACUUAAAACGUUUAACAUUAACAAGGUUUGGUUUCUUCCAGUUUUACAAUUGGGCAGGACACUAUAAAGAAAAAAAAAGAACGAAACUUGGCGAGAUUUCUUUAAAGCGUUGGAAGGCAGAAGAAAGCAAUCAGGGUAAAGUUAAACCUGAUGUAGAUAUGAUAGUUGAGGCAACCGCAGCAGAAGGAGUGCAAUCGGACUCCAACAAACCUGCUCUGCUCGCGACAACAGAAGCUGAGGCGCACGCGGGAAGCGAGCACGCGCCGCUCGGCUCGGACUCCGUCAGCUUCGCCGCAGCUCGUCUGUCUGCUUGUUGUCAUGGAGGAGCCAAGAUGGCGGUCCUGGCCUAUAGCCUAGGCAAACGGGAAAUAAAUCAAUAUUUCAGCAUCAAAAAUGCAAAACUGCUGUCUGUCGCCGCCGUCGUCCUUCUCACUGUGUUUCACACGGCUUCUCGACAUUAUGGAGGCAGUGACACAUGUGACUGGCUUUUAUCCAGUGGGCGUUUUUUAGGGGACAAUGUAUGGCAGCCCUAUGGCUGCAUGCUACACAAGUACAAAAACACUGAAGCAAAGUUUUGCCUCAGAGAGAAGAGAAUAGCAUUUGUAGGAGACUCUAGAAUACGUCAGCUCUUCUAUUCUUUCAUCAGAAUGAUGAACCCUGAGGUGAAAGAAGUUGGGAACAAGCAUGAAAACAUCCCUUUUGUAGAUGGUGAUUCCACUGUCGACUUCCUGUGGUAUGCUGAAGUGAACAAUUCCUUGAAGGAACAGUUGAUGUUAUGGACAGAGGGAUCUGCUUCCAAACCACAUGUCAUCAUCAUCGGUGCUGCUACGUGGUCCAUUAAGUUGCACAACGGCAAGAGUGAGGCACUCUUUCAGUACAAAGCCAACCUCACGGCUAUAUCAGACACGCUGGAAAAACUAGCAGAGCACAGUGAAGUCUAUUGGGUUCUGCAAGAUCCUGUUUAUGAAGACGUGCUAAGUGACAGUCGAAAGAUGAUCACAAAUGAGCAGAUAAAUCUGUACAACGAGGCAGCUGUUAGCACUCUGAAUACCAGCAAAAAGAAGGUCAGGUUCUUAGAGGCCUCUCGACAAGCUGCUAUGGAGACCAUUUCCCAGUCGGUGGAUGGCUUGCACCUUCCUGAGAGCACAAGAGAUGUUGGCGCCACGGUUCUGAUGAACUCCAUGUGCAACAAGAUCCUGAAGCCCAUUGACGGCUCUUGCUGUCAGAGCGCUCCUCCCCUAAGCGUCCUUCAGAAGAUAGCUGCUGGUCUCUUUCUGCUGUCCAUCAUCAUCUUCCUCAUCCUGGGCUAUAGUAGACAUCAUAAGAGCAGACACCUUCCUGAUGUGGAGAGCGGAGAGGAGAAGAAACCCCCUGUUGUUGUGGGUCAACUGAACCCAAAGGGACCUUUAAUGGCCAUCUGCAAAAUGAGCCUUAUCAUGUUAUACUUCUACCUGUGUGACAGGGCAGACAUUUUUAUGAAGGAACAGAAAUUCUAUACACAUUCUACCUUUUUCAUCCCUCUCAUCUACAUCUUCGUUCUGGGCAUCUUCUACAGUGAGAACAGCAAAGAGACGAAACUCCUGAACAGAGAACAAACGGAUGAAUGGAAGGGUUGGAUGCAGCUGGUUAUCCUUAUUUACCACUUUUCUGGAGCUAGCACUUUUAUACCUGUGUACAUGCAUGUCCGUGUCCUGGUAGCUGCGUAUCUCUUCCAAACAGGAUAUGGACACUUCUCGUUCUUCUGGCUGAAGGGAGACUUUGGAAUUUACAGAGUGUGCCAGGUUGUGUUCAGGCUUAACUUCCUUGUGGUGGUGCUGUGUCUGGUUAUGGACCGGCCUUAUCAGUUUUAUUACUUUGUGCCUCUUGUCACCUUUUGGUUUGCAGUUAUUUAUGCUACAAUGGCAUUGUGGCCACAGAUUCUUCAGAAGCAAGCCAAUGGUAGUGCAUUCUGGAAUCUGGCACUAUUGUUGAAACUUCUGGGUUUGCUUCUUUUCAUCUGCUUCUUUGCAUACUCACAGGAACUAUUUGAGGCUGUUUUUUCUUUGUGGCCGGUUUCAAAGCUCUUUGAACUGCAAGGUAGCAUCCAUGAGUGGUGGUUCAGGUGGAAACUAGAUCGAUUUGCCGUGAUCAAUGGGAUGCUCUUUGCCUUCAUAUACCUGGUGCUGCAGAAAUGUCAGCUUCUGUCUGAAAGCAAAGGAGAGCCUCUCUUCUCCAACAAGAUUUCCAACUGUCUGCUCUUCGUCUCUGUGGUGUCUUUUAUGACGUACUCCAUUUGGGCCAGUGGGUGCAAAAACAAGUCUGAGUGUAAUGAGAUGCAUCCAUACAUUUCAGUUGUCCAGAUUCUGGCUUUCAUUUUGAUCAGGAAUAUUCCUGGUUAUGCUCGCUCAUUGUACAGCUCGUUCUUUGCAUGGUUUGGAAAGAUCUCCCUAGAGCUCUUCAUAUGCCAGUAUCAUAUUUGGCUGGCAGCGGACACCAAGGGCAUCCUGGUCCUCAUUCCUGGAAACCCCACUUUAAACAUUAUCGUCAGCACAUUCAUCUUUGUCUGUGUAGCUCAUGAGAUUUCCCAGAUCACCAAUGACUUGGCCCAGGUGGCCAUUCCUAAAGAGAGCGGGCCUCUACUGAAGAGACUGCUGGGGGCAGGAGUCUUUCUAGUUCUGGUACUGAUACUGUCCCAAAAUGAAUAAUCCAGGGCAAUCAGAGACAGUAGCACACCUCGUCCGCUAAGGAUCCUAAUGGAGCUGUCUGUAUAAAAUAAAGGAACUUGACCAGCCUAGAACAUUUUUUCCUAGGAGUUGAUCCAGGGAAUUCUUACGGCAUGGGUCUGUAUACAAAACUCAAGCUGGAACUGAAGCCAAGGACCUUUGAGCAGAAGCGAUUCAGAUGAUUAAACACAGAUUCUUAAAGCAGGAUUUUUGCAGUUGAGAAAUAACACAUACUGUGCAGAUAACAACUACACCUGUGCUCUGUCCUCUCUCAUAGCUCUGAGAUGUGUUUUAUGGACAGUAUUUAAUAAUUUAUGUUUAUAUUUUAUACAGGGGUAUGUGUUUGUGUGUCCUAAUUGUCUCCCAGUUUUUAGUUUUAGUACACAACGCCCAUGACUGCAAAAUGUAAAGGAGUAAUACAUUCCUGCCUCUCACCUUGUAAAUCUGACAGAACUAUAUAGGCUUGUGCACCAAAUGUUUCCAUAAAAAAACAUAAUUACAUCUCAAACCGGUUCUGCAAGCACCCCUAGCACCUCACAUUUUGUCUCCCUAUAUCUGACACACCCAUUUCAGGUCUUGCGGACUCUACUAAUGAACUGAUGAGUUGAAUCAGGUGCGAUAGAUAAGGGAGACACAGAAAAUGUGCAGUGCUGGGGGUGCUCGCAGGACCAGUUUGAAAACCACUGCUUUAGCUGAACAACCUCUUGUGAAAAUGAAUCCUUUGGAUUAUCGAAAGGUAAACAUCCAUUUAUGUGCCCUCAUAAAGAACAAACGAUGGCCAUGAAUUUGUUCGCACUACUAAUGGAAUCCAUAAGCAUGCGCUGCUUCCAUCAGAAUGUUUUCCAGAAGUCAAUUGCUUGCUCAGUUAAUUUUGGGUGGAUGCUUGAGGAACCGCUUUUGAUGUGAAAAGUGAACUUGGAACUAUCAAGACAAAAUCAUAACACAAUAUGGUUUACCCUCUAUCGAUUGCACUGAGUGGGGUGUCCUCCCUGCAGACUUUGAGUCGUUUGAGCCAGUUGUCAUUCAGGUUUUUUUUACCACAUGGGUUUACUCAGUUCACAAGAAUACAGUUUAAUGUUAGUGCCAGCUUUGUCUAUGAUCAGUGACCUCAUUAUUUAUUGUUAAAUAUACGUCUCCAUAUCCUCUCUAACCGCUUGAAAUUGAAGCCUGACGUUUAUGUUCAACUUGAUGUAUUUCUUUUAAUAUAUUACAUGUAAAAAGAGUUACAUUUAAUUGUCAGUUUACUGAUAAUGCUGUAAAUAGAUCCUUCUUUAUGUGCCAUUGAGAGACAAAUGCAUAUUGUUUUAAUAGUGGUACUCCAUUAUAGUUAGACAUUUUGGCUGCAAAGAUACAUUUACAAUGAAACACAAUCACAUUUUUAUGUCUACUUUUCAUAGCAGUUAAAUAUAUGUGAAAUUUAAAAGCAACUGCAAGGUAUAUUCAUACUUUCUUUCCAUCAGUGAAAUGCUUUUUUUUUUUUUUUUAAUAAGCAAAGCAAAAUUUGUACAGUUUGCCAUCAACUAGCACAUCCAUUCAACUGUUUUUUUUUUUUUU